AUGUAUAUAAAGAGGUUGACCUAUUUUGACAGGCAAGAAAGCGCGGGACAUUGUAUCACCCGUGUUCCCGAAGUCAUGGCUGACGCGGCGAAGAAAGCAAAACGUGCAGUUAUGAAGUUGUAUCAGUGUCCUAUGUACAGGUCGUUCAGGUGUAUGUGGCUUAUACACGAACUUGACGCUGUCGACGAUUUCGAAAUUGUGAAGCUGGACUCCAUUAAGGGUAAAGACACUGAGGCAUACGAGGAAUAUAAGCGUUCCGUCCACCCCCACGGCACCAUCCCCGCCCUACAGACUGAGGGUGAGGGUGCGAUCAUCGAGUCGGGUGCGAUCUGCCUGUACCUGGCUGACCGUUACGGCAAACUAGCGCCUCCCCUCGGACAGAGGAUGGACUACUAUGACUGGGCACUGUAUGCUAGCGUGACUAUAGACGAGGCAAUGGAGCUGUUGUAUUGGCAAUGGGCCGUCACACCCGAGAAGCCCGACCCACAGGGAGUGGACAAGAUGGUGACAAAGAUGGACACCUGCAUGAAGCGUCUCACCAAGACUCUGGAAGGAAGGCAGUAUGUCUGUGGCGACAGUUUAACAGCUGUCGACUGCAUCUUGGGGUACAGCGUGUGGGCGGCGACAGACGACAUGUUCAACAAGGGAUCCUUGCUGAAAGAUUACCCUGAGGUCCGAGACUACGUCAAGCGGCUGGAGCAGAGGUCUGCCUUCAAGAUGGCGCUGAAAGCUCAGUUUCAGUAGAUGAUCACAUGUCAAAGAUUUGUAUUGUUUUGGGUUUGGAACUGGCAAACAAGUUGAGAGCAUGAGCAACGACCACGCGGUAGUGUCAGAUGACAGGCCUACAGCCGAGUCAACCAUGAAUAUCCGGUAGAGAAUAGGUCUUCAGCAACCCAUUCUUGCCCUAAAGGGCGACUAACGGGAUGUCGUCAUAUAGCUGGAAUAUUGAUGCGGCUUUUAACAAAAAUUAAACAAAAUGUAUAGCCUUGCCAGAAAGCCUGACAAAACCGCCCACAUUGGCUUCGCAAUGUUUAAAACGUGUGUUCAGGAUACUGGCUCUAAUGCUAGCAUUUCUUAUUUGAAUAAAUGUGAAGGCUUGGAAUUCGAAGUGCCCUGAGCACACAUUGUAUAUUGUCAGGUCAUAAUACUGGCACAGUUUUUUUAUUUUUUGUAUAAGAUAAUUUUGGUACGACUGCUAUGUGGGUACUCGAACAUUUAGAAUGUGUAUAUAUUUACAUCAUUAUUAUACCCUUGGAGUAAUUUUCGGGUUAACGCCGCUUCAGACAGUAUUGAAGCUUCAUCACAGCCUGUCAGGUUAAGAUGGGAAAUACGGCCAAUGGCGUAUAAGCCGUAGAAUAUAGCAUUUUGGUGAAACCCAAAAGCACGGGUGUGUUGACAGACCAAUGAUCACAACUGGUGCAAGUCUUCGAUUCGAACCCGCCUGGUUCCUGACACGGAUUGCGGACACAAAUUCUUGUCCUUUGGGGAUUUUAAUACCAUUUCAUACCAUAUUCACCUGGUUUCACCAGGAAACGACAUCCCUCGUUCUGAAAAUACAAGGACACCUUGUCAACCCAGAAGCCCGUAUUCCAGACAAUGUGUUUGCGAACUAAAUGUUUGUAUUUUCUGGGUCAAAUUCAAUUUUCAAGUGUAUACUUCUGUUUACUCUGCAGUUUAUAUACAUAUAUAGUCAAAGGAACACUACUAUUUACUAUUAGUUAAUCCCGACGAUUUUACAAGGAACGGUAAGACCGGAUUGAUGGGUUUCCACUGUGUAUAUGCAUGAACGGUUUGUUUACCUGUUAUGUAUUCUGAAGUUUAUCCAAUAAAGUACGCAGAUUCACAGUAGUGUAUCA